CGUCUGGUCACAGGAAUGAUGAUGAUAAUGUAGGCUUGUGUAAGUGUAAAGCGGCCAACUUCCUUUGGCUUUGACGUCAGGUGAAGCACACCCCACCAUCCUGGUCCAGAGCAGAAGUGCAUCUGCUGAGGUGCGCACUCAGCGCGCCGCUCUGCCUAUCCGGACACUGCAGUGGAGGUUACCGUGCCAUCUCUGCGGCUGCAGUACACCACGUCCCGCUGCGGACUUUCCGCGUACCAGUGAGGACAGGGCAGAACAAGGAAGCGCUAAAAAGCCAUGGCCGAGUCCAACCCGCUACGGGGGUUCCCCCGUCUGCGCCGGGCCGCGACCUCAUUUCCAGGCAAUCUACAUUUGAUCCUGGUGCUCAACCCCAGCAGUUUGUUAAGCUCUGCCCCAAGUCCAUCAUCGAGCACCGACCUGGGCUUUCGCUUCAGUCAGGAUGACUUUCUGUUAAAGAUGCCGGUGGUGAUGCUGCGUUCAGUUGGCGACCUGCUGCGCUACAUUGAUGAAAAUCACUUGACAACAGACUUCACUGCAAAAGUGCAGUUCUGCCAAAGCGACUGGGUCGUCCUCCGCACAUCCAUUGAGACGUUUGCAGUGACAGUUAAAGAGAUUGCUCAGCUGCUCCAGAGGUUCGGAUCAGAGCUGUCAGACACCGAACUUCCUGAUGAAGCUAACGCCAUCGAAUUCUUGCUGCACUCCCACACACACCGAUACCGACAGAUGAAGGAUGAUAUCAGGAGUGUGCUGAAAGAAGGACGCCUCCUGCUGUCAAACCUGGAAACUGUCAAAGCUUCUAAAAGAGAUGCAGAGGAGGAGAGGGAAAUACAAGCAGACAUGGACACUGUUAAAAGGCUCCUGGCACAGCUCGGAGACAUGGAGGAGGCAUUUGAUGGCUUCUUUGAGAAACACCACCUGAAGCUGCAGCAGUACCUCCAGCUGCUACACUAUGAAAGUAGUUUCCAGCAGAUGGAGGAGGUCCUGGAGCGGCUCUCUGCCCAGGAGAAGGAGAUUCCCUCUUUGGGGCACACAGUGGUUCAGACAGAACAGUUACUUAAAGACCUGGAUACACUGGACAAACGUGCUCAGGAGGAGAUGGCUCGUGCCCAGGUGUUGAUUCUACACGGUCACCAGUUGGCUGCAAACCACCACUACGCCCUGGCGCUCAUCAUCCAGCGCUGCAAUGAGCUCCGACAUCACUGUGAUGUCAUCACCAUCGCCAUACGCACCAAGAGGGCCUCGCUCACUCGAACACGAGACCUGCUGGGCCGCCUUGAGGAGGCUCUUCGCUGGUGUGACGAGGGCGCCUAUCUGCUGGCCAGCCAGAUGGUGGACAAGUUCCAAACCAGAGAAGGAGCUCAGGAAGCAUUGCAGUACCUCAGCUGCCACCAGGAGAGGGCGCCAUCAGCCAUGAAAAACAGCCAGGAUACUCUCAGCUUUGAGUUUCAAGCCAUACUCACCCCGCAGCUGCAGUCCCAGGUUUCCAUGGUGACAGAGAAGCUGAACUCAAUGCAGUGCAUGAUCAGAAACAGGGAGCAGUGUCUGAGGAAGCUGGCGGACGUGCAGGUCCGACCCAUACAGCUGGUGGCCCCUCGGCCAGAACCGGACCAGACUUUCCAGCGUUGCAAGUCACCCCUUUUCUCCCCCAAACAUGGUGUAGACUUUAAUGUUUUGAACUCCAAGUUCUCCUUUGAUCUGCUUCCCGGCAAGAGGGCUGCAAGGAGGAACAACAGCCAACGCAAGAUCGAGGUGAUGCAUGAUUACCAAGGCAACCGCAGCUGUCUAUAUGGAUCCAACCCUGAAACUGAUUCAGAGGCAGAGGACAGCCCAGAGCAGGUCACACGCCAUAUUAUGAAGGAACUGAUAGCUACAGAGAGGAUCUAUGUGGAUGAACUGCUCUCCGUCCUUCUGUUUGUCUUCAUCAACGUCAACAUUAACCAGGGCACAGAAGAACAAGUCUUGGCCAGAGGUUACAGGGCAGAAAUGGAGGACCCCUCCAUGGCUAAUCUUCUUCCUGUAGCUUUGCGCAGCCAGAAGGACGUUCUGUUCGGCAACAUGCCAGAGAUUUACCAGUUCCACAGCAGGAUCUUCCUCCAAGAUCUGCAGAGUUGCCUGGAGACACCAGAGAGCGUGGGGGCUUGCUUUCUGAAAAGGAAGGAGAAGUUCCAGGUGUACGAGCGUUACUGCCAAAACAAGCCUCGAUCUGUGUUGCUCUGGAGACAGUGUGCUGAUUCGCCGUUCUUUCAGGAGUGCCAGAAGAAGCUUGAUCACAAGUUAGGUCUGGACUCUUACCUCUUGAAACCAGUCCAACGCCUCACCAAGUACCAGCUGCUGCUCAAGGAGCUUUUAAAGCACUGCACAGAGGAGCGAUACCGCUGUGAACUCCAGGAGGCUCUGGACUCCAUGCUGGAGCUAUUGAAGUCUGUCAACGACUCCAUGCAUCAAAUAGCCAUCACCGGAUAUCAGGGUGAUCUCAGCCAGCUGGGCCGUGUCGUGAUGCAAGGCAGCUUUAGCGUGUGGAUCAGCCAUAAAAGGGCAGCGGUGCGAAUGAAAGAGCUGGCCAGAUUCAAACCCAUGCAGAGGCACCUCUUCCUCUACGAGCACGCCCUGCUCUUCUGCAAGCGCAGAGACGAGGACAACCACGACAGGACGCCCUUCUACAGCUUCAAAUCUUGCCUCAGAAUGAGUGCAGUGGGAAUCACGGAAAAUGUGAAAGGAGAUGUGAAGAAAUUUGAAAUCUGGUAUAGCAGCAGAGAAGUGGUGUACAUAGUUCAGGCUCCCACGGUGGAGGUCAAAGUUGCCUGGCUGAUGGAGAUUCGAAAAAUUCUCAACAACCAGCAAAAACUACAAGAUGAAGCUUCUCUUCUGCUUUCAGACAACCCUCUCUCUGACAGUGCAUCAGAGAUGUGUGUGUCGUGGGGCAGCGCGCCGGUGGGAGGCUGCUCAGCGUGUCUCCCUGUUCCUCACAGCUCCUCUACAACAAGCCACUCCCACAUUCCGAGAGGGGAGGAGUCGCUACACACUAGCCCCGCCCAUUCGGAUCCUGUGGUUCAUUCACCUCGACGCAGUUGGCCUGCGAAUGCUCACUCAGUGGCAAUCUGUGAGGGCCUGGAGGACUGGGGUGCUACAGACCUCUCCGCUUUAUCAGACUCAGAGGAGGAGGAGGAGGAUCAGCCUGCCCCACUGGUGGCAGGCAGGUACAGAGUGAUGGUAGAGAGCACCAUGGCCAGCUCUGAUGACAUCAUCUUUAACUGUGGUGAUGUCAUCCAGCUGCUGCAUGAGGAUUCAUCAGGAAUGUGGAUAGUGAAGAAUAUAAGUCGUGGCGAAGAAGGCCGCGUCCUACCCGAGGACUUACAUAGGAUUCUGGGAGAGACGUGCUGAGAGCCAAUCAGGACAGAGGAUGAAUGAAGAAGUGUGCCUGUUUGUUGCUCACUCUUUGCCUGAAUAUCCUUCCAUGUGUACAGACACACACAGACUUAUAUAUUCCAUCAACUUCCUGAAAAAAUGGGCAUCUGAAUCUGCUUGUCAAUCAAAAUGAAGCACAACAUCAGCCACAGACUUUACUCCUCAAACUGCUGUGAGAGUUUCACCUCUGAAGACUGUGAACUCCAGAAAGAACCUCAGAAGACUUUAACAGUGGAAAGCACAUACAAGCCAUCCUUUGCUCUGCCUUCUCCGGCAGCAAUACAUCAGAAUAUUUUGGACUGAAGACUUUAAACAGGGGCUUUUAUUUAUAUGUUCAGAGUGGACUUUUGUUCUAGACGUCAAGCUGUAUAAUUUCUAUUUUCUUAUGAAAUAUCAUGUCUACCAACAUAUCAUUACUGUUCUUGUGCCAAACAGCUAAGCUAACUGUCAUGCAGAAAUGCCCUGGUUAUGUCGUCGCCGCCUCUUAGCAGCCAAAGUGAACACUGAAUGUCUGUCAGCUUUGUUUACGUGAUAAAAAAUUAAAAAAAAGAAGAAAAAAAUGAAAAUAUGGCAUUUUAGUUUUCCAGGUUUCAGCUUUCAUACUUGCUCUAGACAAUUUGACACUCAGUGCUCAUAGUGUGGGAAAAAAUUACUGCAUACCCUUGUUUACAGUUAGCUUAAUUAAAAGGGACCUAUUAUGCUUUACUUUUCUCUCUCCUUAAAUAAUUACCUGUUACAGCAGUACUACUCAUAUUAAGCAUGGCCAGAGUAAUCCUUGUAAGCUAAAAGAUAAGGCUUCAAAUAGCUCCAAAUGCUUGGUUUCAUACAGUUCCUUCUACUCUCGGCUCUUUAUGACAUCAGUGAGAAUGGAUAUGAUGUUUUAUGAUGUUUAUGAUGUGCAAAUGAGAAAUGAGCUAGCUUAAAGGGAUGGAACAGGAAACUGCACUGUUAGUGUAAUUAGUAUGAGAUAAAUGAUUAUUCUGAACUUUGAAUCAUGCCAAGCUGCUUAAGUAGAUUCCAAGAAUAAAACAUAUGGAGCAGGAAAUGAGAAUAAUCGGUCCCUUUAAUGACGUGUCGUAGCAGGAAAGGCAGAGGCAAAAAAACAUUGUUUAAAAUUAGUUUGGGAGUUUAAAGUGGAGAUAAACAAUCUGCCAACAGUUUUAGCAAACUAGAACAUUUUUAGUCGUUAUUAUUGACACAGUAUAUGAUAAAGUGAAUCAAUUCAUCAUCUUGUGGUGCCACCCCAAAGUGUGGAAGACCAAAUGCAAUACACAAAAUUUUGCCCUGGGUCUUAACAGGACACCAAAGGCCUCGACCUCAAAGUCCUUCUCCUGUAAUCUCUGAUCACAAUUUUGGUAAUUAACGGAACAAGAAACCUCUGUCAGUGCACUUUGAACAACCAGAUUAAAUUAGGUCUAAAUCGUACAUCCUUGCCACUGUGUACUUUGGAGUCCAGGAACACUGAUACGGACAGAUCCUCUCCUGGUGGUACAAGUUUAAAUAUUUCCUGUAUUUUAUUGAAAAAAAGCAUUGGUGAAAGUUUCAGUUGCAGGGUGAUUCACUCUUUUAUGAAGAGUCUCCUGAAAACUACACUAGGACUAGGUUGCUGUUAUUUAUGGUGAUAAAAUAGUUUUUAAUGAAAGUUAUAUUCUCUGCUAUGCUUUUUUUUUUUCAUUUGAUUCAGUAGCUUUUCCAUCCAUCAUAGUCUUUUAGAGCUAAAACCAUUAUCACUGACAAGCUUUACCAUAUUGAUUGAUUGCUUGCUGCUGUGCAUGGGUAACUUACACCCUACAUAUGACUGUAGCUUUAUUUCCACCUGCAAUGAGAAACUAUGCUCAGUGUUGGGUACUACCUGUAAAAAGAAUAAUGUGGAGUUUUCACCUGAGCAUAUUUGUGAAUAUGAAAUUUGAGGGGGUUCAUUGAGAAUAUGGAAAUGUAUUUUGAACUGCCUUGUUUUAAAACUGCCCAGUCCAACAUUGUCUACGUUGUAAAAAUAAGCCAGAAAAGUGUGUGAAGUGUGCAGAGUGUUCACAAAAACACUGCCACUCAACUGUAAAUGAGCUGAGAGCUCAUCUCUGACUGAUGUAGUGUAAUUAUCUGAGUUGCUGGCAGCUUAUUUAGACAUCCGCAGCAGACUGUGACCAUGUAAACAUUAAAAAUCGAAACUGUCAAUGUUAAACAUCAUUUUAGUCAGUAUUUUAGUCUGAAUGGUGGUACUGCUUUGGACAGACAGAUGCUGAUACUCUGCUAUCAAGUGAAGAAAUGAAUUUAUUGCAAGAAUAUUUGAAUCAAAUCCUUGUAGUAGCAGUAAAUCCAAGAUUAGCUUGUACACUAAGUGAAGAUUAAUUUUCACAGUAUUCAGCACCCACAGUGGGAGCAUUGAAUCAUUUGACAGUGAGCGCUCGACCAUCCAAAUGAAGCAUGUUCACUGAUACGCAAUACUAAAUAACAUUUCAUCACUUUAAAUUGAUUUGAAAUCCACCCACCGCUGGCUACACUGUAGCAUCAGAAGUUAUUAAUGGAUUAGUUCAGUUAGGCUUUAGCGUCUUUCGUGGCAGUGCUUUAACUUGGUGUUUGCUGCUUUUGCUUAUUUGAACUGUAUUUUUUUUAAAUAAUACUAAUUAUGUACAUAAUUAUUUUCUGAAAAUAUAAACACUGGACUUGUUUCAGCUUGA